AAGGAUAAAGCUUGAAGUAAACACAGAUUCGGUUAUUUCAGUGCUGAGAUUCACCGGGCUGUGUCUUAGAGAGACUUCUGUUGCUGUGGGCUCCAGAAACUCAGGUAAUGUUCUGUUCCCCCUGAACCUCUACAUGUUUCUUUCUUUCUUUCAGCCUUUCUUUUCAACAUAUCUUGAGCGAAAAGAAGUAGCUAGAACCAUUUUUCCAAUUUCUUCAUUUAAUCUUCUGCGCCCAUCGUUUGAUAGCUUACUCGUCAAUUUCUCAAAAGGUGCGUAGGAAAUUACUUUAAGUCGGAAAUCCAGUUAAACAGAUUAAAACACAUAAAGGAAAUCAUGAACUUUAAGUUGUAUAAGUUUCGAUUUGCCAUAUGGCUAAAUUUUUGCCCAUAAUUUUCUUUUUCUUUUUUUCUUUUAUGGGUGCUUCCACUGUACUCGAAUAAAACCAUGUUCAUUUAAUUUACUUUUCAUGUUAUUUUUAAUCUUGACUUGAGGUGAUUCCUCAGUAUUGCACUGCGCAUACAAAUCGCGUAAUCAAGCGAAAAAGUGGGCGCGCAUUCCGAGAACUGCUCCAUACGCUCGAGACUUUCUCCCUAUCAGGUUUCUCUUUUAUCAAGUGUUACUUUAAACCCUAACUUCCAGCUACCGCAAAAUGUACCUUAAAGCGAUGAAAUAGCGCGCGAUUAGUGCCAGUACAGAUAUAAAUGAAGUAAGUUUAGCCCAUCAUAUCUUUUAAACAAGUGACAUAUUUUUUUCACUGUUUCAUUUUUCGAAACCGACAUUGGCAGGGGAAAUUUAUUGAAAGUUAAAAAAAAAAAACGGUUCAAUAACUUUUUUUCUGAGGAAUCACCUUAAGCUUUAAUGUCUCGCUCGACAAGACAUUUUCAGUUGCGAGUUUGUGAAUCUUUCCCAUACACCUUAGGUGGAUCAUAAAUUUCUUUGAAACCUCACGUUUAAAGAUCAUGGCUUCGAAGUAUCUGUUGAUUGUUUUGCUGUUUGCUUGGAGGCCAGGUGUGUAAAAUAACAUGAUUUUUCCUAUAAGUUAUAAAAGCUGCAGAAUUCAGAAGGAAUCAAGAAUGUGCUUUCUAAUUAUGAUAAACAGGGGCGUGGUUCAAAUUUAUUUUUAAGAGGGUGAGGUCCAUUAUUUUAAACCCAGGCUUCUUGGCUUACUUUCAGUUGACAUCCACUUUUAUUAUCUAGCGAUCGAUAUUUUGUCGGCUGAACAGUGAGCGAUGCAUGAUGGGUAUAUUUUUCAAACUUGAGCUAUUUUGCCAUCUGAAUCGUAAGGUUUCCAUGAAGAUGAACUGCAGUAAAAAAAUAUAAUAGUAAACAUAAAAGGAUAAUUAUAUAUAAUUAUAUAAUUAUAUAUAUCCCAAAGGAUAGAGGUUAAGGACACCAUGGUACCUUCCCUCAUGGUACCUUCGCCCAUCCAUGGUAUUUUCCCCUUGAUACCUUCCCCUAGCUACGCCGCUUAUCUAGAAUUAAUUGGGAGGAGAGUAAGAGAGUUUCAAAUUUCCUGGUAACUCAGCUUCCAAUAUGAUAACCCGGUAUGGAAAUCACGUCUUCCGAGAAAACGUCAUCCCGUGAAAAAAAAGGUUCCAUUACCCUGGGAUCCUGUUUCGGAGGGUUCGUAAAUAUAUGUUGAAACUGAAAUUUAUCUUUUUAUUCAUUCAUUUAUUCAUUUUCAUUCCUUUCUUUUUUCCUGAUUGUUUAGUCAAAUCGGCUUGGUGCGAUGAUGUCAAGUACAGCAAAAACAGAAUAGACAGUGAUAAAUACAUAAAUAAUUGUAUUCCGAAACCGUGGCAACCUCUCUUCAAAGGACUGAAAAAAACAUAUUAUGGUGAAAGCUCCAUCUCCAGGUUAGGACAUUUGGCAGACAAUCUUAAGAAUGAAGGUAAACAACUGAAAAACGCCAUUGAACCUCAAAUGCCAUUGCUGUUUAAGGCUUUGGAGCUGGUGAAGCCAAAAGAUGUGAAAGUGGUGAUUUUAGGCCAGGAUCCAACUCCACAAAAAGACAAAGCUACUGGUGUGGCAUUUCACGUGGAAAGAACUCGUUUUGUUCCAGCGGUACUGCACAUGUUUUUAGAAGUCGCCUUUGAAGGUUUUCCUGUGGACCUAAAUGCUGGUAAAAUUACUAGCUGGGCGAAGCAAGGCGUCCUUCUGCUUAACACGGCGUUUACAUGUCCACAUGAGCCUAAAAUUCAUGGAAGACACUUAGCUAUAUGGAGAGAUUUCACCAUAUCCCUGAUCAGGUAUAUUGGGGGUAACACAGCGGGUCCUUCUGUUUGGCUAUUGUGGGGGGAAGAGGCUAAAAAGUUCUCAAAGUAUAUAAAUAAAAAGCACCUUAUAAUUGAUGGAGGGCACCCUUCACCUAUGGGCAUCGCCAAACGUGGAGAUUCGUUUUUUGGUGGCAACUACUUUAAUGGUGCCAAUCAGUUUUUGUGGAGCAAUGGUCGUAAAACCAUAGACUGGUCAUUAUCUGAAAGCGGGUUGAAUAGUUUAAAACUAAUCCCUGAAAAUUGGGAACAACAGCUUAAAAAUGAAAAAAUAAAAUUACAAUAUGAGCUAAAUGAAGGAAAAAAUGAAAUAAUUGAAGGACAAGAAAAAUUCAUGCUCAAAAAAAACCGCCUGAAACAAAUCAACCAACAUUUGCAACAAUUGCAGUGUGUUCCAUAUGAACAACUUGAAUACAACUACAAGAAAAUGAUACGCAAACUUCUUGAGAAGAAAGAGAAGGUUUGUUCAUCGCUGUUUUGAUGAUAAAUGAGUGUUAAAUCGUGUUUCUCAUGACUGAAAGUCUCUGUCAGUUGUAGAACUAAGUAGUUGAGAGCGACUCUCCGAAAGACCGAUCUAGUCGAUUUUGCCGGCGAGUAAAGUAAUCAAUAAUCCCAUCAAGAAAACCAGCGAUUAUUCUUGUGUCUUCCUUCUACUUUGCAAGGAAUAUCAUAUUCAAAUUAAUAACCCAAAGAGUGCCAAUGGUAGUAACAUGUUUGUUAAAUGAAAAUACUUUAAAAUCCUAAAUGCUAAAUCGCUUGAUACUUUUAGGCCGUAAAAAGAUGACUGUGUGUUGUUGUAUAAUGGUCAAAUAGUAUAGUUGCAGUAACUCGGAUAAAUCUGUAAAUACCAUGAGAUAGAAGUCACUUGCACUGUUACUCGAGAUUUAUCAAUUAGAGACUAGCAUUAAUAGUCUAAAGUUUAAAAUAAAAGUUUAGGUAUAUGUUUUAUAUACAUUUAUCAUGUGAUAUCACCGCCUAUAAAAUAUCGCUGACACCAUACACUGGUACACCAUAUUCAGAAUUUUUCCUAAUCUGUCCAAAACCAAUAAUUUAACAUUGUAGCUCAAAACAUGAAUGAUCAUGUAUCAAUAAAUGGAUGAAUAUUUAAAUCGAUAUCCAAAUGAGAGAAUUAUAGAACGAAGCCGAAUGAAAAAAAACCCAUAAAAUUGUACAAUCUACGUAAUGCAGGCAAUUCAAAUGGGGUUUUACAAGUUGAUAUCUUGCAUUCAACGUUUGGAGCAAUAUAUUUCCGAAAGGUCAGCUAUGAUAAGCGUAUACAUCAUAGGCUUAGCUAUUUCAAGAGCUAAAUAUUAUUGCCUAACAUUAUCAGUUAAUUAUAAUAGCCUCUCAAAUCUGAUAUAGCCGCCCAGGUGACUAACUGAAUUGUUCUUUUCAUCUCGCUAAGAGUACGUAGCUUGUUGGUGAUACUUAGCUACCCUUGUCACUUCUCGCAUUAGUUACGUUCUGCCCUUUUUCAGAAAAGGUUAUAUCCUUCAUAAGCCAUAUAUAUCCAUCACAAAUAUGUUUAUUGGACAAUAAAGUUUAUCUUUCAACU